AUGGAGCAGCCACUGGAGCACCAAGAAGCGAUCCCGGCCCCUUCCCAUGGCCAAGGGAACCCCCAGGUCCUGGAGGAGGCGGUCGGUGGGGAUGAAAUUCCCAGUGCUGUUGGGGACGAAAUUCCCACUAUUGAGGAUGAAAUUCCCACUGUUGGGGUUGAAAUUCCCACUAUUGAGGACGAAAUUCCCAGUAUUGGUGGGGACGAAAUUCCCAGUGCUGUUGGGGAUGAAAUUCCCACUGUUGGGGUAGAAAUUCCCACUAUUGAGGACGAAAUUCCCACUGUUGGGGAUGAAAUUCCCAGUAUUGAGGAUGAAAUUCCCACUGUUGGGGUCGAAAUUCCCACUAUUGAGGAUGAAAUUCCCACUGUUGGGGUUGAAAUUCCCAGUAUUGGUGGGGAUGAAAUUCCCAGUGCUGUUGGGGAUGAAAUUCCCACUAUUGAGGAUGAAAUUCCCACUGUUGGAGUCAAAAUUCCCACUAUUGGGGAUGAUAUUCCCACUACUGGGGACGAAAUUCCCACUACUGGGGACAAAAUUUCGGCUGUCAACCGGGAGACCCCAACACCGGACAGACAAACGGCCGGGGAGAAGAACUGCGCCCCACAUCUCCCCCCCAAUGAGCACCCACAGGAAGAUGCUGGGAAGCAGCAGCUGGUGAAGAGUAGGGGGUCCCUCGGGGGUCCACCUUUGGGGGGUGCCCAGGCGGUGCCGGCUGAACCCUCUCCCCGAGCCGGGACCCCCGGUCGGGGCGCGGAGGAGGAUUUUUAUUGCGUGAAGUGGAUCAGCUGGAAGGGCGAGCGGACGCCCGUCAUCACACAGAGCGAGAACGGGCCCUGCCCGCUGCUGGCCAUCAUGAACGUCCUCUUCCUGCAGUGGAAGGUGAAGCUGCCCCCGCAGAAGGAGGUGGUGACGGCCGAGGAGCUGAUGGCGCAUUUGGGGGAUUGCAUCUUGUCCACCCAACCGCAGGAGCCGUCGGAGGGGCUGCAGCUCAACUUCCAGCAGAACAUCAACGACACCAUGAUGGUGCUCCCCAAGCUGUCGACGGGGCUGGACGUCAACGUGAGGUUCACGGGCGUCGCGGACUUCGAGUACACCCCCGAGUGCAUCGUCUUCGACCUCCUCAACGUCCCCCUCUACCACGGCUGGCUGGUGGACCUCCAGCCAU